AUGGAUGAGACGUCCUUUGGUCUCCCCAGAGAUUGGAAGCGAGAAGAUCGGAACCUGCCGGAUGAGGAUGAGGUCGAGCUGCCCCGAGCCCUGAACCUUCGACGUCUCAACGGCAGAAGCCUGGAAGAGGCUGCCAAAGCCUCGGUCCUCGUCGUCGCCAUGCGAUAUCCCUGGUGCACAGCCUGCGAGGAGAAGGACAAGGCCUUCGUAAAGGUGAGCAAGGUAGCAGGUGCCAAGGAGGAGUUUGCUGACGUGGUCUUCGGAGUCUUGGACCUCCGGGAGGAAAAAGACCUUGCCAGGAGCGUAUGGGAAGACGGCUUGCACCUGUGCCACAAGAGCAAGUGCCCUCUUCAUGUCUUCAAGCCAGAGGAGCCCCUCAAUGAGCCUUACACAUUUCAAGUGCAACUGCUCUAUGAGAUGGAUGAGGCAGCCAUGAUGGGAGACCCGAUGGCAGGAAUGCCGGGUCACACCCCCAAGGGCCAAACUACAAAGCCAAACUUCGACCGCUUUGAGCGGGACCUUGCCUUGCUAAUGCCCAAGGCCGUCUCUGAGCUCUCUUCUGGCGAAGUUGCCGAGUUUCGACGGCGAUGGGAUACAGCUGUCAUCGGGUCGGGGGUGAAUGCAACGGCCUUCCGGCAUGCAGCGCGAGAGUUGAGGGGGACAGCGGCUUUUGCAAUGGAAGCCAUAGGCCCGCUCAGAAGCUCCUCUAUCCAGCUCUGGAGGUCAGAUGUCCAAGCUGACACUCCGGCGAUUCCUUUUGAUGCUAGCCUGUCGCCUUUGAACGCGACUUACCUGGCACACUUCGCACGCGUACAUGCGCAGCCGAUGCUGCAAAACUACACUUGGGACCUGAGGGAUCAACUGGGAGCAAUCGGGAUGCCCGUGGGAGUUCUCUGGGUGAACUACUCAGAUACGAACAACACGAAUGCCACCAACGCUGCUCUUACGGCAUUCCGCAGCCUUUGCAGCAAGCGCCGAGGCACCAACGCCUCGCAGCACAUUCUUUGCUGUGUCAUGGACCAGUCCUAUUCCUACUACCAGCGCGAGUAUGGCAGCCACGAGCCCUAUCCUUUCCCCUUCUUCGGUGUGACCCGCAAGUUAGGAUUUGGCGCCGGGGACCGAUACGCCUACCCCUUUAAGGAGCCGGUGAACCGCACGGUGCUCGGCUUCUUUAGCAGCCCCAAGCGGGCCACAAAGGAGAUGAGUUCCUGGCUCGGGCGCGUCUUGGCCGGUCGUGUGCCCCCCUCUCACGAGUCGGGUCUCGUGACCAACAGCUCCAAGUGGGUACGUGGCCAAGCCUUAGAAGUGGUCUGGAAGACCUACCAGCGAGAGAUUAAUGGCAGCACCUCUGACGUGCUUCUGGAGCUCUACGACGACCAGCGCAAAAGACAGCACAUUGCAUCUGCUGUGAUGGAUGUCUUGGCAAAGACCCUGAAGGACUACGCCGACAUUAAAAUCGCUCGCAUGGAAGUGAGUCAGAACUACGUGCCUGCCAUCUUCGGACGGAAGCAGUUCUCCAAGGAGACAGAGUACUUCUGGAUUCCUCCGUCCAUCGCCGCUGGAGAGUGGACGCCCGGAGUGCCUGUGAAGUACCCAGGAGAGGCUGAGGAGGCGUCUCCUGCAAAGCUCCUGAAGUGGUUCAAAAAGCAGACCAUGUCGCGAUGGUCUCUGAAAGAAGCCUUGGAGGUCUCCUCCGACAUCUCUGAGGAGGUUAUGGGCUACGCGAAGCUCCAGCAGCAAGCGGACGACCGGGCAGAGGAGGACAAGCAACAGAUGAUCAAGAAGAUGAUGACCACGCUCAAGAAGGAGAAGGGCAUGGUCGACGUUGGGGAGAUGAUGGGCUUGAAGAAGGCCGCAGAUGCUCUCGGAUCCGAGCCUUCGCCUCCAAAAGCCGGGAAAGGCAAGGCAAAAGCUCCGCAGACUGACGAGCUGAGUGCAACAGACGAAGAGCAGAAGAGGACAGCUCGCAAAGCGCAGCUGCAGAAGGAGGAGAAGAGGCAAAAAGACAUUGCCAAGAAAGACCGGGAGAAGCGAAAACGGCGGCUGGAGCUCGAGAAGCAGCGCCAGGAGAAGAAGAAGGUGGAAGAGCAGCAGCGGCGAGAGAAGGCAGCCCGAGAGGCUGAGGAGAAGCGCCGCAAGAAGGAGGCGGAGCGUUUGCGCCAACCAGCCACACCGCUGUUCGCUUGGGGGCAGUCGAAGGAGCAGAUCCGCAUUUCUGUGGCCAUCCCGAAGCUGCAAGAAGACUCGGUGAAUGUCAGCGUGAAGAUAGACCAGGUUGAAGUGCGAGCUCGCGAUUGGCAGAGGCGACCUUUCAUCCUCAGCUUCGAGCUUCGUGAGUUCGUGGCCCCCGCGAACUCCUCGUGGGCGCUGCGCCACUCAGAGGAAGUGAGUCCCCAACCAGACGGAGUUCUCCUCACGCUGCAGAAGGAGAUUCCCCAUCGCUGGGACCGCCUCGCGCAGAACCACACCGUGGUGAAACACUUCCUCAAAAAAGACUGGGUCCAGGAUGAUGGGGACCUGGAAGAGGAACAUGAAGAGGUCGAGCUGCCCGCUGGCCAGAAUGUUAGAAAGGUCACAGAGGCGGGCCUGGAUCGCCUGCUCGAGCGUCACAGCCUGGUGGUCCUAGCUUCUCGCUUUCCAUGGUGCGACAAGUGCAAGGAGAAAGAUCGUGAGUUUACGAAAGCCGCGCGCCUGAGCCGUGACAAGGAUCACCUGGACAUGGUCGCGUUCGCAGCCAUGGAUGCGAGGGAAGAAAAGUAUUUCGCCAGAAGACACAAUGUGUCUUGCAGCGAUACUUGCGACCUCCUCCUGUUCAAGCAGGACGAGAAGACCGAACCAUAUCUGGUGCCAGGCCGCCGAUUUGCUGAAGAGGUGCAGAUUGAUUGCUACAAGCACCUGCUUCCUGUGGUCAGCGAAGUCGCGAACAAAACACAGUUUGACCGGGUCACCACUGCUUUCGACACUGCCAUUAUGGGGUUCUUCCACCUGGAGAAGAGCCAAGAUCCAUGGUACCCUCGCUUCCGAGCCGUGGCACGACAGCUUCGGGGCCAUGCGCUCUUCGGCGCUGCCUUCAACGGCAAGCUUCCGCAGGACAUGGGCAUCGAGUGGGACUCCGAGUCUCGGCCCUUGCAGGAGCCGGGAGAAGAGAUCCAGCCGGCAAAGCCCUUGGUCCUGCUCUUCAAGACCAAGGAGCAGAGGCACGUGGAGUUCACUGGGGAGCUGACCUUAGAAAAGCUGGCGCACUUCUCCAAGGUGCUAAGUCUCCCACUGAUUUCCCAGUAUUCCCCGGAGGGGCGGCAGAAAUACCAAGAGCUGAAGGUUCCUUUGGGCAUGAUGUGGCUGGAUGGCGAGGGCGAGGAUGGGCAGGCCAACCAGGCGGCUACUGAGGUACUGAAGCGCCUGGCUCUUCGAUUCUCUGGUCAUCUGGUCUUCGUGACGCUGAACAACACGCGGGAUGGGUUUCUCAUGCGACCCUUUGGUUUGGACCCACGGCGCGUGCCGGCCUUUGGCAUUGCUGCGGCCGAGGCCCCUGAUGCUGCCCGGUACGCGCUGGAUGAAGCGUUCCGGAGCUGGGAUGAGCUGACCGGUUUCUGGCUGGACACGAGUCGGGCCUUUGACCGCAUCGAGCGCUUUUGCGCCUCCUUCCUGGAGGGCACUCUGGAAGCUUCUCACGAGUCGGCAGAGCUGCCUCCGACGUAUCGCUGGCCGGGGCCUGGUUCUGUUCACGAGGUGGUGUGGAAGACCUUCCGAGAGUCCGUCUACCGAACGGACAAGGAUGUUCUCCUGGAGCUCUACUCGCCUUAUCGGCCGCAGCACCGGACGCACUUGAUGGUCCUCGAGCUCGUGGCGGAAGCCUUGGGAAACCUUAGCACUCUGAAGGUGGCCCGAAUGGACACCGCCAACAACUACGUCCUCCCGGAGUUCGCCUUAAAGGACAAGGAGAAGGCCUCCAGCUUUUACUUCGUCGCUGCAGCUCCGGAGAAGCACCGUCGGCCCAGGCGCCUGGCCACCAAGUUGGGUCGACCUGAGGAGCUUCCGGCACAGCUUCUGCGCUUCGUGCACCGAGAGACUCGAAGUCAAGAGUGGGACUUUCAGGAUCGCUCUGCUUGGGCGAAUCAAGAGGCCCAGCGGCGUAUUCGGCGUCUUCGAGCCCUGGAGAAGGAUUACGAGAAGAAGAUGCAGGACGAAUGGGUCCAGAAGGAGAUGGAGGAGUUUGAGCGUUACAAGCGCUUAGGGAAGUUUGACAACUUGAACAUUUAG